AUGAGCAUGAAGGCCCCACCCACCCUCCUGCAGCUGGCAGGGCAGAGCCUGCUGAGGAACGAGGUCCUGGCCAUCUCUGCUCUGGAGAAACUGCCCAUGGAGCUCUUCCCUCCUCUCUUCAUGGAGGCUUUCACCAGGAGAUGCACUGGGAUCGUGAAGGCCAUGGUGCAGGCCUGGCCCUUCCCCUGCCUCCCCCUGGGGGCCCUGAUGAAGACAAGAGACCUGGUGACCUUACAGGUUGCCCUGGAUGGCCUCGAUAUGCUACUUGGUCAGCAGGUUCGACCCAGGAGGUGGAAAUUACAAGUGUUAGAUUUGCACAACGUGCAUCUGAAGUUCUGGAAGAUAUGGUCUGGAAACAUGGCCAAUGCCUGCUCAACAGAGGCCAACAGUAAGAAGAAAAAGCGGCCAACAGAGCAGAAUGGUCCCAGGAUGGAGAGAAAGCCCUUGACGGUGUUAGUAGAUGUGUGCCUCAAGCAAAGCAUCCUGGAUGCCUUUCUCUCCUAUCUCCUUCUGUGGGUCCAGGAAAGAAAAGGUUUAUUACAGCUGGGCUGUAGGAAGUUGAAGAUUUCAACAGUUCACAUCCAAAGCAUCAGGAAGGUUCUGGAAGUGUUGCAGCUUGACUGGAUGCAGGAAGUGCAAGUGAAUUGCACCUGGCAGCUGUCCACACUAGCUGCCUUUGCUUCUUACCUGGGCCGGAUGAGAAAUCUCCUCAAACUACUUCUCUCUCACAUCAAGGUGCCUGCUUCCAUCUCCCCAGAGGAGCAGAAGCAGCUGGUUGUGCAAUUUACCUCUCAGUUUCUCAACCUGGCCUGCUUGCAGGAGCUUUCCCUGGACUCUGUCUCCUUCCUGGAAGACCACCUGGACCAGGUGCUCAGGUGCCUGAGGACUCCCUUGGAAGCCCUCUCAAUGACUGACUGUCAGCUUGCAGAAUCAGACUUGAAGCAUCUGUCCCAGUGCCCAAGCAUCCGCCAGCUAAAACAUCUGAACCUGAGUGGUGUCACCUUGACCCGUUUCAGCCCUGAGCCCCUCCGAGUUCUGCUAGAGAGAGUCUCAGACACCCUGAAGACCCUGGACUUGGAAGACUGUGGGAUAAGGGACCUCCAGCUCACUGCCCUCCUGCCUGCCCUAAGCCGCUGCUACCAGCUCACCACGUUCAACUACUUAAGGAACCCCAUGUCUGUGGCUGUCCUGGAGAAGCUACUCUGCCACACUAUCCAGCUGGGCCACUUAAGCCUAGAGAUGUACUCCACCCCCUGGAGGUCUUAUGGUGUCCAUGGUGCCCACUACCGGAGGAGACUGGGCCAGCUUUGGGAUGAGCUUGCACUGCUAGUGAAGCCGUUAAAACAUCCCAGGACAGUGUGGUACAAUUCCUUGUCCUCUCUGUAGCAACCAGGCACUGUUAAGAACCAGGUCCGAAUCAGUGUCAUGGGUGUAGCUCUAUCUAGUUAGUGCAAACAUUGAAAACUUACUUCUGGGCAUGCAGGAACAGAAACCUGGGGUGUAGGUCCUUCCUAUGGGGGAC